AUAUAUUAGCAACUUCUUACUGGUAAAUUUUAAGAAUUAGCUACGAAUGAACAAUAAUAUAAUGCAUGGUGACAAAGUUUCGCGAAAUUCUGACGAGUUGGUUAAAGAUUCAGCGUAUAUACAAUUGUUAAACUUUGAUCUGGAAGACGGAAAGAAAGACUGUAAAAAACGAAACUCUGAUACUUAUAAAAAACAAGUAAGUUUCGACUCAGGGUCGGAUAACGAAGAACUAGCAGCACUUCUUCCUAAAAGAAGAUCAAAGCAAGAGCAAAACCUGCAUAUUCUGGAUCCGCCAUGGAAAAGACGAAACUCGUUUCAGAGAAUUGACCAAGAAACUCAGCCAAUCCUAGAUCAAAGAAAAUCAUCACAAGCCUAUCUUGAUGUAGCAGCAUCUCAACAUCAAAAUGUUUAUGUUGGAAUGCACUUACCUACGUGGUAUAACAAGGACAAAUUACCCAGCAAACGUAGCAAACAUCACAAGAGACAUCACAAAUCUAGUAAGACACCAAAACCGAAAGAAAUAGAAGAAGAAGUGCUUCCUCCGCACCAACAAGUUCAAUUUUUACUCGGCUCGGAAACGCAAGAAGAUGGCGGAGAUACGGAAAAUUGCUGGAAAACUCCUAACGGCAGUAUGCCUCGGCUUUUCACAGAAAUGGAAGAAUUAUACCAAGAUGAUGACGGUGACACUAUUUGGAAGGAAACGGCAAGAUGGAUUAAAUUUGAAGAAUGCGUUGAACCUGGGGGAGAUAGAUGGAGUAAACCUCACGUUGCGACUCUUAGUUUACACAGCUUAUUCGAACUUCGCUCAUGUAUUAUGAACGGAGUUGUUCAAUUAGAUAUGGUUGCACAGUGCAUUGAUCAAAUUGCAGAUAUAGUUCUGGAUGUCAUGGUGUCUCAAGGACAAUUACCACACGAUGAUGAAUUGAGGGAACGCGUACGAGAUGCGUUACUUAGCGGACAUGAGCAUCAAACAGAGAAAAAGAAUGGUCGUCUAAAUCCAAUAAAAUCUGUUGCAGACAUGGUUAAUAGUCGUAGAGAGUCCUCUUUUGCAGUUCUUCCUCAAAUUGCUAACGCUGGAUCAGCGGCUGCCAGUCCUAUUCUAUCAGGACGAUUGAAGAGACAAAGGCGUUCGAGUAAACAGGGUGCAAGUCCUCAUGGUUCUACAAGUAACGUAUCUCACUGCUCGGAAGCUGCACCCGAAUUAGCAAGCGAGCCGUCUUCUGGCGUUUUUGAAAAAGAUGGUCAUCUUGCUGUUCCUGGUGAUUCUGCUCCUCGUUUAGUCAAACAAGAUGGACCUAGUUCUCCAACUGAUGAUAGUUUUCCUUCAAACACAUCCGCUCCGAACUUGCUCCAUCGUAAACAAACAGUGACAAGUAUUGGUCCACUGUCAACUGAUUUUGGUUCAUCAGCAGGCGAUAACGAGAAGAAAGAUAAAAAGGUACCUUAUUUCAUGAAAAAAAUUCCAGCAGGGGCUGAAGCUUCAAAUGUAUUGGUGGGAGAAAUAGAUUUUUUGGAACGUCCGAUUAUUGCUUUUGUGAGACUACAGGAUAGUGUGCAGCUAGAGGGUCUUACGGAAGUUCCUAUUCCAACAAGAUUUUUGUUUAUUCUCCUGGGUCCUGUCGGAAAUCGUAAACAGUACCAUGAAAUUGGAAGAUCAAUUGCCACUUUAAUGGCCGAUGAGGUUUUUCAUGAUGUUGCUUAUAAAGCUAGAACAAGGCGAGAUCUAUUAGCUGGAAUUGAUGAAUUUUUGGAUCAAGUCACCGUUCUGCCACCUGGUGAAUGGGACUCCACUAUCAGAAUUGAACCUCCUCAAGAUUUACCCAAGAAUCAGAUGACGAGAUUACAACCAAAGAAAAAUGAAAACACGAUGGAGAAUGGGCAUGCAAAAGUUGAAAUGGCUCAUGCGGUCGGACCAGAGCUUCAGCGGACUGGAAAGUUGUUUGGUGGUCUGGUUGCUGAUAUCAAACGCAAAGCACCAUUUUUCGUAUCAGAUUUUCGAGAUGCACUAAGUAUUCAAUGUGUUGCUUCCUUCAUUUUUCUCUACUUUGCGGUACUCACACCUAUCGUUACGUUCGGAGGUCUUCUCGGAGAUGCCACGCAUAAUUAUAUUAGUGCUAUGGAAUCCAUUUUUGGUGCUGCGAUGGCUGGUACAGCUUUUCAUUUAUUUUCUGGACAACCACUGACUAUUAUUGGUAGCACUGGUCCCAUCUUAGUUUUUGAGAAGAUCAUGUUCGAUAUAUGCACGUCAGCUGGGAUGGAGUAUCUGCCUAUACGAUGGUGGAUUGGUACUUGGACUGGCGUAUUCUGCAUAAUACUAGUGGCAACGGACGCCAGCAGUCUCGUUCAAUACAUCACUAGGUAUACAGAAGAAACAUUUUCAGCACUGAUCUCCUUGAUUUUCAUAUUUGAGGCUUUUAAGAAAUUGAUUUCAAUUGGUGACAAACUUCAAAUAUGGUAUGGAUGGAAUGGAGAUUUGGUGACGUUUUACGGAUGUGAAUGUGCCGCUCCAAAUCUUACGUCCUACAACAUCACGGAGAACUUGGAUUAUGAGCAGAUUAAAUUCGAAUCAAAGGAAAAAGCACUGAAAUCUCAUGGCAUGCAUAUUAAUGGUUCACUAUACAGAACUGAUGAAGCUGCGUAUACUUGCUCAUAUGACGGAAUUAAUUUUAACGUUUCUGAUAUCAACAAUGUUACAUGGAAUGCCUUGGACAAACCUACCUGUAUUGAGAGUUUUUGUGGACAUCUUGUUGGAGAAUCAUGCCCUUAUACACCUGAUGGUAUGCUGAUGUCUGUUAUCCUCUUCUUUGGUACUUUUACGAUUUCAAUGUACUUGAAAGGCUUGAAACUGUCACGAUUCUUCCCAACUAAGGUCCGCUCAAUUAUAAGCGAUUUUUCUGUUACAAUCGCAAUCGCUUUAAUGGUGCUCUUCGAUAUCCUAAUGAAGCUUAAUACACCUAAACUGCUCGUUCCAGACUCUUUCAGGCCUACAAGAGAAGAUAGGACUUGGUUGAUCAGCCCCCUUGGAGAGAACGAAUGGUGGACAAUCCCUCUUGCUAUUGUUCCUGCGUUACUCUGCACGAUUCUUAUAUUUAUGGAUCAACAGAUCACAGCAGUUAUUGUCAACAGGAAGGAAAAUAAGCUAAAGAAAGGGUGCGGUUAUCAUUUGGAUCUUCUUGUCGUAUCAAUAAUGAUGAUAUUGUGUUCCAUACUCGGAUUACCUUGGUUCGUAGCCGCCACCGUUCUCAGUAUCACCCAUGUCAACUCUUUAAAAAUGGAGUCCGAGUCAGCAGCCCCAGGAGAAACCCCGAAAUUUUUAGGGGUCCGUGAACAAAGGGUCACUGGAAUUAUGAUCUUUGUACUUAUCGGCUUGUCCGUAUUCAUGACCCCGAUUUUGGCGUACAUCCCCAUGCCGGUGCUAUAUGGAGUUUUUCUGUACAUGGGAGUUUCAUCUCUCAAAGGUGUACAAUUCAUCGACAGGUGCAAACUUAUAUUUAUGCCUCCGAAACAUCAACCCGACUUCAUUUACCUUCGUCAUGUACCUUUACCUAAAGUCUACUUGUUCACGUUUUUUCAAGUCGUUGGUCUCGUACUUCUGUGGGUUAUCAAGUCUACAAAGCCAGUCUCUAUUAUAUUUCCAAUGAUGGUUGCCGCUCUUGUCGGAGUUCGAAAAGCAUUCGAUUAUUGUAUAUUCUCACAAGAAGAAUUGUUUUGGCUGGACGAUAUCAUGCCUGAAUCAACUAAGAAGAGGAAAGAGGAUUCGAAGAAGCGUAAAGAGCAAGAAGACCAAAAUAAACAAGAUUUGCUUGCAAUGUCUGGACAAGGAACAGUCAACGUACCUCUACAAGAUGGAAAAGUUUUGAAAAUCCCUGUUUCUGAAAUCAAAUACAAUCCUGAUGAACCAACAAGUAUAAAUAUCACAAAGGAAAUGGCACAAACAGCGAUUUGGAAAACAAUCGUUAGAAACGAACUUGGAGGUUCAGGAACAGAUUUAAAAGAAAGAGAAAAAAGAAGCAAAAAGGGUAAAAGAAAGGGGGCAGAAGAAAUCAUCGAACCCCCACAAUACUCGUUUCCACCUAAGAAAACAUCGUCUCCGCCUUCGAAAAGUCCAUCCAGGUCUCCGAAUAUGAAUUCUGGUAACAAUCACAAAUUGACAGUAAUUAACGAGGCAAAUAAGACCAAUACCACAAAUAAUAAUGAUGACGACCCACCUCCAUUCAUUUCUGUAACUAUACAAGAUGAUGAUAACGAACCCCAGAUUAAGGAAGACAAAUUGUAAAUUGCAUUUUCAAAAUCACGACUGUUUUCGUGUCCAUUAUAUGCUUCCCAUAAACAGUUUCUUAGACUUUGGGAUCAAAAUAACCUAGCUGUCAUAAGUUGAUGAGCUGUACUCGAUGAAGUUAAGAACAAAAUUGAGAAAAACAGAUUGAAAUGGAAUUCAGUGUUUCUUGUGCAAAAAAAGCAUUACUUCAAAACCACCUCGCAAAAAUAUGGUGUUCCCAUUGUAAAUUUUAUUAAAGUGAAAUUUUCUAAAAACUUCUCGCAAAAAUAUGGUGUUCCCUUUGUAAAUUUUAUAAAGUGAAAUUUAUGGCUACUAGCUUUGUGUAUUUGCAAAUAUCACUUGUUUUUCGGUACAUACUGAAAUGUUUUUUUUACUUGAAAAGCUUCAUUAGCUUUUUAAAGUAUUCCAAUCUUUGCUAGAAUCUAUGGAGUUAUGCCAGUUGAAAGAAUUGUCUCUUUUGGUUCACCGGCCUUGCACUACCCUUCGACAUUCUGUGAGAUUUUCAUCCUCGCAAUUGCGACUUUUUUUUGGUGCCAUUUCUAUGUGAAAUACGUACAAUCGGGAAUUUUAUUCCCUUUAUUUAUUUAAUUUAAUAUUGUCUGUUUUUAAUUAUUUUAGUUGUUUUUAAUGAUUAAGUGCUAUUAAUUAUAGUAAUUAAGUAAUGUUUCCUUAAUUAUACUUGCUUUUUAUUUCAUUUACAAUUGUGAGUUUCUGUUGGGAAUCACAAUUUGCACUGUUAUAAAAUUAGGCUAUGUAGUGAUAUUUUCAAUUUAUUACUUUUUUGAAACAAGAUUAUAUUUGAACAAAAAUAGCAUUCAACUCGAAGAAGGGCAUUUUUUGAAAAAUCGUUAAAAUUUCACACUUCGAUAAUCUCGUUUCUUGAAAUUCGAAAAAUCUUCUAAAGUUAUAAUUUAGUUUAAAAAACUAGUUUUUUCACCCAAUAUGCAUCAAACAUUCGCCAACCUUACAAUGGAGAUAUCUGAAUGUAGAAUUGUAAUUAUUUGUUCUCGCUGUUUUCAUUUGAACUAAUGGAAGAUACUUGUGAAAAGCUUAUUGCGUUCAUAAUGAUUGCUGUUUUUUCAGUCUCCAUGGUUAUAGUAUUUUGGCAUUGGUUGCUCAAUGUCAUUCAACAUGGUCUGUUCUCUAAAAUUCUAGAAUUAUAUUUUAAAGGCUUAGUUAACGGAUACAGGAAUAAGUUGAUGUCAAAUAUAUUCUUUGUUAGUUGUUAUAGCAUUUUAAUUAUAUUUGAUAAACAUUUGAAAAUAUGUGGGCGAUCGAAGUUUAAUUUGCGUUUUGAAAUAAGUUGGUACGUUCAUUUUAUUUAUUUGUACAUAAAUAUAACAUAUUAAAUUUGAUUGCAAUCACCAAGUUUUGACCCAAGCGUAAAAAUGGGGUUGUGGAUGUUACCUACCCAUGCUGAUUUUUGAACGAUAACUGAAUGCUCAUUGUACAUAGUCACUUAGUGGGAUAAUAUGUAGAAUUUGUUCCAUUCUGUCUCACUGAGUGAAUUCUACAAACGUUUUCGGAAGUGAAAAUGAUUUUUGUGACAAUAACGAUCAUUGUAAAAUAACCCACUGAAUGAAUUUGUGGCCUUUCUGAUAAAUAGAUUUUUUUUGUGAUUUGAUCUUCUAUAAAAUUAAAUAAAUGAUCCGAAAUGGUGAACUA